UUAGUUUAGUGGCCAAAUCCAAAGAAGUGAAGUUCAAAAUUUGUAGUAGUCGUUAUAGAGAGAGAAAGAAGAAAGAGAGAGCGCAAAAUGCAGAUGAUUGGAAGAAAACCAAUGAGACGAAUUGGUGGGAUGUCGGAUGCACUCUCUAUUGCUUCUGAACUUGGCUUCUCUGUUCGUCCUCCUCCUUCACAGGAGGAGAUCCAAAAUUUAUCCACCACCACUGGUGAAAAGGGUGAUGAUUUGAUAAGGGACUUGAAGGAACUAACUGCUGUUCAAAGGAAAAUUGCAGAUUUACAAGUGGAACUUCAAGGUCGAAAGGAGGACAAAAAUGUUGCUCAUCUGACACAUGUCAGUGAAAUGGAAAAGAAGAUCGAAACAUUGCAAAGGAUUACUACUAUUUUGAAGGACGUUAUUCAUAACAAGGACCGCAUAAUAGCUCGCCUUCAACAACCAUAUUCGUUGGAUUGCAUUCCUGUUGAAGCUGAAUAUCAGAAACAGUUUUCGGAAUUGCUGAUGAGGGCUGCUAGUGAUUAUGGUGCUUUAACGGCCUCUAUAGAAGAUCUUCAAUGGAGUCAGAAAUUUAAAGAACCACCAACAGUAUGGGGGGAAAUGCUUCGUCCAAUUCCUGUUGCUUUGGCUUCUUGCACCAUAUUCUUUGAAGCCAUGUCUGCAAUGAGGGAGUCAUUCGCAACGCUCCAGGCUUUGAGAGUUGGUCAUUCUUCUUCCUUGGCUACAUUACCGAGCAACAAUCCUUCUCAAACAAAUGUUGGAAAUACUGAUUGCGUGACUCCUCCCCCAUUGAGAACCGAAUCGAGCUUUGAUGAUUUAGCAGUCGGAAGCUUGAGAAGGCAAGAAAGUGAGCCGCAAGAAGGUAGCGAAAUUGCAAAAGGUGAUGGUAUGAGCCACAGGAGAUUGUCAUGGCCUCCUUCAGUUAAAAGCAUCUCAUAAUUGUAUCAACACUUCUUGGCAUGCUUUGUAUAUUGUUAUUCCCGGUUCCAGUUUGGAUCUCUUUGUAUUCUUUUAGUGCUCGUUUGGUACGAGAGAUAAGGGAUAAUUUAUCCCGGGAUUAAAUUUGAGAUGAGUUAUCUCAGGUUUGGUUGGGACAAAUCGUGGUAUAACUAAACUAAUUCCGAGAUUAGUUAUCUCGGGAUUGUACUGUUUUUUUAUCCCGUGGGAGGGUGGAAUAACUAAUCCCGGAAUAACUAAUCCCGAGAUAAUUAAUCAUGGAAUAACUGAUUUCCCAACCAAACGGCCCCUUGGGUGUUUGUAUUUAUCGGGUUGGAGAAGGUCCCUUUACUGAAUAGGCAGUGAUGUUUGUUUGGUUUUACUCCUGUAAUCGUUACUGUUGAACUACAGCUAUUUCUGGUAGUGUACAAAGUGAUAAUAGGCGUCUGGUCAAUCUUAUGGUGUAAACAAUCUGUGCACGGUCAGUGCACAUAACUUAAACUCUAUUUGUUAUUUGUACAAAGUUUUUUGUGCAUGAGCUAUGAUUUGUGAAGGGAACAACAUGGCAACUACUGUUUGUUGGUAUUCUUUAUAAUGCAAAGUGAAAGAUUUCUUUGUGGUCC